AUGUGUCUCGCACACGCGACUCCCGAAAAUUCUUUUAAGGCCAAAGACACGGGGUGCACAAUGGAGAAAGGAGUGAAGAACACUGAGAAGGGGGUGAAGAAGGUUCAGAAGUUUUUCCAGGAUAUCCAGGACUCGUUGUUCAAGUCCUGCAAGGAAUGUGGCAAAUGUACGAUCCGAUUUCGCAAGGAGUUGUUAUUUCAGGGUGCUCUGAUGGGGGCGUUUCUGUGGAUGAUGUUGGGCACCCCGGCACCGGCUGUGUCAGCUACCGAGGUGGAAGAUCUGUAUAGUGUGUGGAUUCCGCACUGGACGGUGGGCAUUGCGGCAACGACAAUCUUGUCACUGGCGGUGUUUUGCGGGUUGACUGGAUGUUCGUGGUUUCGAGCGAGUGCCUUGCAAAGUGUGCGCGAGAUUUUCAGGAACCCGAGUCCCGCUUCUAGUGUCAGUGGCAUGUCUAGAAAAGAAGUAGUCACUAAGGCCUUGUUAUUCGCAGCCGCUAACUCUUUUGCACUAGCGGUCGUGUGUAUUCUACACCCGCUGCUCACCAUCAUGAUUAGCCAGUCUCCGGCAGUGGAGUUCGUGGCCGGACAUCUCAGAGUAAUAACCACCCGCUUCAACAAUGAGGCGCUCCAUAAAGAGACGUUCAGUGGUAUUACCAAGUACUUUAGUCCCCCGCUCACUCGGCCUCCCCCCUCACCGUGGGACGACUUUUACCGCGUGGGACCAAGCGGAGAAAGGCUGCCCGCGGAAGGAUUUGUGAAUGCAGGCUGGAGAGACUACGUGCCACGCCCAUUGAAGGCGUACUUGCAGGCAUACGAACUCAUACCCACUGUGGCUGCCAUUGUGGGUGGCUUCUGGCGCGUCGUUUCCCUGUGUUUCUCCUUCUUGCGGGUCAAAACUGGCCCGGUGCUGGAGGCAGUUACCGUUGGCUCGCCAGAAGCCAUGGUGCUAUCGGCUCUCCUCACAGCAGGCCUGCUGUCAGCAGUCGUCUUUGCCUGUGUCCGGUGGAUCUUCGCGGACAUGGCCCUCGCAGCUCACGUCCACAUCAAGCAGAACUGCUGCAGCCUCACGGUCGCCGCUGGAGCCUUCGGCUUCCUCUACUCCGACAGCCUCUUGCCUGUUCUCAUCAUAUUCCAGAAGAAAUACCUCUCCAACUGGGCAUACAGUCCGCUUUCUGCUUUGAUAGACAACCUUCUACCCAUAAGCCACAAGGUGACCACCGCCAUGGCCUACAUCAGCCCCAUCACAAUGCUAUUAGUUACCACCGCUAGUCUAGUUUCCGUGCCAAGGUGA